CUGAAGCCAAGACCUGUGUGUCAUUAACGUUACGUUACCUUAGCAUUAGCCCAAGUAAGGCAAUCUAACGCUGUCACUUACUUUAAAGUUACUACUUACUUUACUUUGUUAUAAUGUCAGACGCCGGAUCUGUGGAUUUGGACGACGAACAGGGGUACCUUGGGGAGUACGAGGGGGAGCGGAAUGAAGCCGGAGAAAGACAUGGUUUUGGCAGAGCAGUACUACCAAACGGAGACACCUACCAGGGCCUGUACGAAAAUGGCAAACGAUGCGGUCAGGGAACUUACCGGUUCAAGAACGGUGCACGGUAUAUUGGAGAGUACUACCAAAACUUGAAGCAUGGUCAUGGGAUUUUCUACUAUCCAGAUGGCUCCAAAUACGAGGGGAGCUGGGUGGAGGACCUCAGACAAGGCCACGGGGUGUACUCGUACCCCAAUGGAGACACAUAUGACGGGGAGUGGCUACGACAUCAGAGGCAGGGGCAGGGUGUGUAUGUGUACAAGGCUACUGGUUCCCAGUACUGUGGCUCGUGGGCGGGGGGGAAGAUGCAGGGCGCUGGAGAAAUCAUCCAUCUCAACCACAGAUUCCAGGGCAACUUCCACAGCAACUACCCCUCAGGUCCAGGGAAGUAUGUAUUUGACAUUGGCUGUGAGCAGCACGGGGAGUAUAUGCAAGUGGAGCAGGAUCGAGGAGAUGGAGAUGAAGAGGAGUCUGUUUCUAUGCAGCUGAAAUGGAAACCCAAAUCAGUCUCUGGACUCACACUGUGGAGUCCAGUCAAAGAGAGCACAGAAGGGCAAGUGGAAAAGCUGAAAGAACUGAAGACACAAAAGGUCAACUGAACCCUGGCCAUGAACCCUCCCCAUGAACUCACACACACUCAUACACACACACACGCACGCACGCAUGCGCACACACAUACACACGCACGCGCACACACACACACACACAUACACACUCACACACGCACGCAUGCACGCACACAUACACACACACGCACACAUAUGUAUCUUUUUUCACUCUGGAAUGUUAAUUAAAGGCUGUAGUCGUC